GCGCGGCUGCAGCGCGGGCGGGAGCGGGGACGCAAUGUCGCCGCCGCCGCCUCCUCGCGGGCCGGAGCUGCGCCGCCGGGACUGAGCCGCCGCCAGAGCCUACAGCCUAGCAGCCGCCGGGCGCGCCCGCGACUCAGGAGGAUGGGCUGCGGCGGGAGCCGGGCGGAUGCCAUCGAGCCCCGCUACUACGAGAGCUGGACCCGGGAGACAGAAUCCACCUGGCUCACCUACACCGACUCGGACGCGCCGCCCAGCGCCGCCGCCCCGGACAGCGGCCCGGAAGCGGGCGGCCUGCACGCGGGCGUGCUGGAAGAUGGACUGUCCUCCAAUGGUGUGCCCCGAUCUACAGUCCCAGGUGGAAUACCCAAUCCAGAGAAGAAGACGAACUGUGAGACCCAGUGCCCAAAUCCCCAGAGCCUCAGCUCAGGUCCUCUGACCCAGAAACAGAAUGGCCUUCCGACCACAGAGGCUAAAAGAGAUGCUAAGAGAAUGUCUGCAAAAGAAGUCACCAUUAAUGUAACAGACAGCAUCCAACAGAUGGACAGAAGUCGAAGAAUCACAAAGAACUGUGUCAACUAGCAGAGAGUCCAAGCAGAAGAGUAGAUGGACUUCUUCUAUGUCCUUCAAGGCACUGGAUACCAUCAAAGAACCUUGAAGAAGUGGCUGCCCCUUGCUGGACCUGAAUGCUACUGAGUCCCUGGCAAGACUGUCUUACCUGGCAGCAAACUGCUGCCUGGUUUUGUUGGGACCCUUCUGAGCCUUCUACUUAUCAUGUAAAUGUAUUGGCAUAGUGCUUACAUAUGUUAAUAAACUGCAAAUGUGCA